UCAGAAUCAGUCAGAAUAAUAUUCAAAAUACCGUUCAGCUGAUUAGGCUGUGUCAUUUGAUGCGCGCUAGAAACUUAUCAAUUAAUUUAUGUGUAUAGAAAUCAGUGCGUGAUUGCAGCAGCGUGUAAAGGUUAACCACAAUGACUAUAUUCUCGAAAGUACGUGGAUUUCUGAGCAGAAAUCGAAACAAAUUCCUGGUCGGCGGUGCGGUAAUCGGUGGUACGGUGCUACUCACCAAGUAUGCUCAGCAGAAAUUGAAGGACUGGCAGGAGAAGGAGACCAGGGAAUUCCUGGAGAGGACAAGGAAGCAGCAGCACUUCGAGAGCACAGAGAUCACAUGCAAUCAAACGAUAUUGAGUCUGAUCAUGACAAUGAAUGAAGCACUGUCAGAGUGUGUAAACACUGAGGAAAUAAUCGCUUCACUCAGAGAUAACCCGGACAACAAACUGGAACUUUGGGAGAAAUUAAAAGUGCUUGUUUUAACAAAAGCCAGUUGCUUGAUUUAUUUAUCUGUGAUGUUAGUGAUUACAUUGAGGAUUCAGUUGAACGUAUUGGGUGGUUAUUUAUUCAUUGACCCAAUGUCCAUUCCAUCUGAGGUGCAACAGAAAUAUCUGCAUCUCUGCCACAAUCUACUCGAUACUGGUUUGAACAAUAUCUCCAGCCUCAUUAAAACAGAGUACAUCAAAAUACUUGGUCCUAUGGAACUGAAGAAGCAGCUUAAACUGAAAGACUUUGAAAACAUCUUCUGGGCAAUACAGACUGCUAUUGCUACACAUGCGAAGAAUCCAAUUAAUCAUCUUAAUUAUUUAGUUGUGGAAGAUGGAUUAUACGAUCCUCAUGAGAGUGUUUUAAAUGAUAUGAUGAAAGCCACAGCAGAUUUACUGGAAAGUGAUGAAGUCAAAGCGUUGGCUGCACAUUGCAUAAAUCGCGGAUUCGUGCAGCUCUGCGACCAAUUGGCAGAUUACUAUGGGAAGAAUGAUAGGAUAAAGGAGGUUCCUGCAGAUACCCCAUUGAAUGGGUUUGUGCAUCCUGGAGAUGUGCAAAUGCCAUUGGCCAAAUUGAUACCCAUAAUUAAUGGUUUGACAUCGAAAGGUUCAAUGCCUGAUAAGUUAAUUCAGCAAUUAAUUUCAAAUGAUAAAUUGAAAACUUUUGGAGAGAAUAUUUAUGAAUGUUUCAGUCAUAGCAAGUGAGUUAGCUAGCAUUUAUUUUUAAUUUAUGGGGUGAGAUACUAAUCUAGUUUGAUUAAGAUUCAUCAAUUCUGUUGCUCACCCUAAAAUAUAUUUAAUAUAUAUAUAGCAAUGUGUAUUAUAUAAAGGAAAAUCUUUUAUAUUUUUUUAAAAACAGGAAUGGUAUUUUUCUCUUGUUAAUUUUAGAUGAGAUAAGU